UUUUUUUACCUUAUUCAUAAAUGGGUUUGUGUUAUAUUAUUGGAAAGGAAGACUCAUUGACUUGGCCUUUUGGAUUCCCACUACUGGGUUGGUGUUUGUGUUAUGUGUGUUACUGUGUCGUGUUUUGUACCAUUUUGAUUUCAUUGGUAGCAGUAAAAAGAAAAGGUUCUUUCUUGUGGUAAAGGGUGUAUUGCUUUAAGUCACUGAGUGAGAGGAAAAAAGUGUUUCUUGCUGUUGAUGUCUUUUGAUUGGUCUCUGGAAUCUUAUGCAAACCCUUCCUUCCUCUUUGCUUGGUUGGUUUUGCUUAGGAGAUAGAGGAAAGAAUAGGUAAAAGUGUGUGUGUUGAUUGUGUUUCCCAAAAAUCCUGUUUCAACUGAGUCAACCUUUUGAAUUGCUUUUCUCAUCUGCAAUCAGAUAGGUUAUGCAUCCUUCCCAGCUGCGUCUUUUUAGUUUCUUCUUUAUAUUUUGAUUAUUUGUUAAUUGAAUCCUAAGUGUGAUUGAAAUGGACGGUGAUAUAUUUGGAGAUAUCGGUAAUUCAACUCAAGUAGAUAGCAGACUUUUACAGGUAUUUCAGAAGAGCUUAUUGCAGGCUCAAGAUAUUUUGAAUCAGAACCGAAUUCUAAUCAAUGAGAUAAACCAAAAUCAUGAGUCCAAGAUGCCCGAUAAUCUGAGUCGAAAUGUGGGUUUGAUUAGAGAGCUCAAUAGCAAUAUCAGAAGGGUGGUAGAUCUCUAUGCUGAUCUUUCUAAUUCUUUUACUAAGUCCCGCGAAGCGUCAUCAGAAGGCGACUCCAGUGGGACUCUGAAGUCUGAUGGAAAAGUCAACCAGAAGAGAAUUCGAUCCAGCUAAUUGAUUGAAUUUGAGCUUUCAGUUUUCGUGCAAUCAAGAAGUUUAUUCUGAUGCUGGAAAGCAUUUGUUUGGUAGACUGUGUAACAACUCCAAAGUUUUUUUGUGCCAAAUCUUUCAAAUUGGUUUUGUCUAGAAGGAUUAGAACUUUAGUUAUCAUCUGAUCUAUAAAAAUAGCAUCAAUUUGAGGACUAUACAAUUGUGAUUUCGUGUAACUUUGUUAGCUUCAUGAAAUGAAGCAUGUUCAUGGAUCAUGUAAUCAAGUUUCCAAGUUUGAACUUCUUGGAUCUACUGAUAUUUAGUGGUAAGUUUUGGAUGAUUAUUUAGUUGUUGAUCCUUUUGAUCUUUUGGUUAUUGCUUGUUGCUUUUCCCUUUGGUUCUGUAUUGGAUAUUAGAUGCCUGAGAUCCCAUAACUAACACUUGCUGCUUAAUAAAUGUAAUCAUUUAUUGAUGAUUGUGAUCUUUCAAUGAGGAUUAAAAAGUAGAGUUU